CAUGCAACACGCCCAGACUUAACCAUGGAUAAGGUGGCCUACAUUGCCAUCUUCCUCUCCUUCGUCUUCCUCUUCCUUGUGCGCCAUCUCCUACGCCGUCCCGGCGGCGACAACCAUGGCAAGAGCAAGAGUAUGCGGCUACCGCCGAGCCCUCGAGGCGCCCUCCCCUUCCUCGGCCACCUUCACCUCAUCAAGAAGCCGUUCCACGUCGCGCUGUCCCGUCUCGCGGAGCGCCACGGCCCGGCCUUCUCGCUGCGCCUCGGCUUCCGCGACGCCGUGGUCGUGACGUCCCCGGCGCUCGCCAGGGAGUGCUUCACGGAGCACGACGUGACCUUCGCCAACCGCCCGCGGAUCCCCUCCCAGAUGCUCGCGACCGGCGUCGCGCUCGGCACAGCCAGCUACGGCCCGCACUGGCGCAACCUCCGCCGCGUCGCCACGGUGCAGCUCCUCUCCGCGCACCGCGUCGGGCGCAUGUCGGGCGUCAUCUGCGCCGAGGUGCGCGCCAUGGCGCGGCGGAUCUACAGCGCGACGACCGCGGCCGCCGUGCCGGGCGGCGCCGCACGGAUCGAGCUGAGGCGAAGGCUGUUCGAGCUCUCCUUGAGCGUGCUCAUGGAAGCCAUCGCGCAGACCAAGGCGACACAGCCGAACGCGGACGCGGACACCGACAUGUCCGUGGAAGCCCAGGUGUUCAAACAGGUUAUCGACGAGGUCUUCCCGCGUAUUGGCUCAGUCUGGUGGGACCACCUGCCGGCGCUGCAGUGGCUCGACGUGUUCGGCGUGAGGAACAAGAUCCUGGCCGCGGUGCGCAGGAGGGACGCAGUCCUGCGGCGGCUACUCGACGCGGAGCGGCGGAGGCUGGACGACGGCAUCGACAACGAGAAGAAGAGCAUGAUGGCCGUGCUGCUCACACUGCAGAGGACAGAGCCGGAGGUCUACACUGACACCAUGAUCACGGCCCUUUGUGCGAAUCUGUUCGCAGCCGGAACAGAGACGACGUCAACCACGGUCGAAUGGGCGAUGUCGCUGUUGAUGAACAACCCAGGGACCCUCGACAAGGCGCAAGCAGAGAUCGACGCGGCCGUCGGGCACUCCCGCUUGAUCAACGCGGACGACCUGCCGCGCCUCGGCUACCUCAGGUGCAUCGUCGCCGAGACGCUCCGCCUCUACCCCGCCGCACCGCUGCUGCUCCCGCACGAGGCGUCCGCGGACUGCAAGGUCGGCGGCUACGACGUCCCGCGCGGCACGGCGCUGCUAGUGAACGCGUACGCCAUCCACAGGGACCCGGCCGUGUGGGAGGACCCGGGCAGGUUCGCGCCGGAGCGGUUCGGGGGCGGGAGAGCCGAGGGGCUGUUCAUGGCGCCGUUCGGUAUGGGGAGGCGCAAGUGCCCCGGCGAGGCGCUCGCGCUGCAGACGGUCGGGGUGGCGCUGGGGACUCUGAUCCAGUGCUUCCAUUGGGGCAGAGUUGAUGGUUUGGAGGUUGACAUGAGCGAGGGCAGCGGACUGACGAUGCCCAAGGCUGUUCCGCUGGAGGCCAUGUGUAGGACUCGUGAGGCUAUGUGCGACGUUCUUCAGAAACUCUGAGAUAGAACAUCUCGAUUCACGGUGUGGCACUGGCACUGGCACUGCACUGAAU